CUUUCCGCAAAUCGGAACCCAAAUCCUCCCGAUCCCAAUUCGAACGAACCCUAGGGCUCGUGUAAGCGGUCGGUGUCGGUGCAGCUAUGGCGACCUUGGUGAGCUCCGCCGGUGGGCUACUGGCUAUGCUGAAUGAGACCCAUCCCUUGCUCAAGCUCCACGCGUUGUCCAACCUCAACAGAUUGGUUGACGGCUUUUGGCCCGAGAUCUCGACUAGCGUAACCAUCAUAGAAAGUUUGUAUGAAGAUGAGGAGUUUGAUCUGCAUCAGAGACAACUGGCUGCAUUGCUUGUGUCAAAGGUUUUCUACUAUUUGGGUGAACUUAAUGACUCACUUUCCUAUGCCCUUGGAGCUGGUUCCUUGUUUGAUGUGUCGGACGAUUCUUAUUAUGUUCAUACUCUUCUUGCCAAAGCUAUAGAUGAGUAUGCCAGUCUGAAGUCAAAGGCAGCAGAAUCCAAUGCUGAAUCAGUAAAUGUGGAUUCUAGGUUGGAGGCCAUUGUGGAGAGAAUGCUGAACAAGUGCAUCAUGGAUGGAAAAUACCAACAAGCUAUGGGUAUUGCAAUUGAAUGUCGAAGAUUGGAUAAGCUUGAGGAAGCAAUCAUAAAAAGUGAUAAUGUUCAAGGAACAUUGUCAUAUUGCAUUCAUGUCUCUCAUUCCUUUGUUAAUCUUAGAGAAUAUAGACACGAGGUCCUUCGUCUUCUUGUCAAAGUGUAUCAGAAGCUACCUUCUCCUGAUUACUUGAGCAUUUGCCAGUGUCUCAUGUUCCUGGAUGAACCAGAAGGUGUAGCGAACAUAUUGGAAAGGCUUCUGCGAUCUGAAGACAAGGAUGAUGCACUUUUGGCAUAUCAAAUAGCCUUUGAUCUAAUAGAGAAUGAGCACCAAGCUUUUCUCUUAAAUGUGAGAAACCGCCUUUCACCUCCGAAGACUCAACCUUCAGAACCCGUGCAGCCAGAAUCAACUGAAGCUUCUCAAAAUGAAAGUUCUGCUGCAGAGGAUGUUCAAAUGACAGAUGAACAUUCUACUCCUAAUGUGACUGUGAAUGAAGAUCCGAAAGAAGUGGUCUAUUCAGAAAGGCUGACAAAAAUUAAAGGAAUUUUGUCUGGAGAAACGUCAAUACAGUUGACUUUACAAUUUUUGUACAGUCACAACAAGUCCGAUCUUCUUAUUUUGAAGACAAUAAAGCAGUCAGUUGAGAUGAGAAAUAGUGUAUGCCAUAGUGCUACAAUUUAUGCUAAUGCAAUUAUGCAUGCUGGAACAACCGUGGACACGUUCCUGAGGGAGAAUCUGGACUGGUUAAGUAGAGCUACAAAUUGGGCUAAGUUCAGUGCAACAGCAGGGCUAGGUGUUAUCCACAGAGGCCACUUGCAGCAGGGAAGAUCGCUGAUGGCACCUUACUUACCUCAGGGUUCAGCAGGCGGUGGUGGAAGUCCAUAUUCAGAAGGUGGUGCUCUGUAUGCUCUGGGUCUGAUUCAUGCCAACCAUGGCGAGGGCAUCAAACAAUUCCUUCGUGAUAGCCUGCGUAGUACUAAUGUGGAGGUUAUUCAACAUGGUGCAUGCUUAGGUCUUGGCUUGUCAGCUUUAGGAACUGCUGAUGAAGAGAUCUAUGAUGACAUUAAAAGUGCGCUAUAUACUGACAGUGCCGUUGCUGGUGAAGCUGCUGGGAUUAGUAUGGGUUUGCUUAUGGUUGGAACUGCAAGUGAGAAGGCUAGUGAAAUGCUUGCCUAUGCACAUGAGACACAGCAUGAAAAGAUUAUCAGAGGGUUAGCGUUGGGGAUUGCUCUGACGGUAUAUGGGAGAGAAGAAGAAGCUGACACUCUAAUCGAGCAGAUGACAAGAGAUCAAGAUCCUAUUCUACGUUAUGGUGGCAUGUAUGCACUGGCGUUGGCCUACAGUGGGACAGCAAACAACAAAGCCAUCCGUCAGCUACUGCAUUUUGCUGUAUCAGAUGUGAGUGAUGAUGUUAGGAGGACUGCUGUUCUAGCACUUGGGUUUGUCUUGUACUCCGAGCCAGAGCAGACACCUCGAAUUGUCUCCCUGCUUUCUGAGUCCUACAAUCCUCAUGUUCGAUAUGGUGCUGCUCUUGCCGUAGGCAUUUCUUGUGCUGGUACUGGCUUGAGUGAGGCCAUUUCUUUGCUAGAGCCGCUAACUUCAGAUGUGGUUGAUUUUGUGCGCCAAGGUGCCCUCAUUGCAAUGGCGAUGGUCAUGGUCCAAAUUAGUGAAGCCAGUGAUUCUCGCGUUGGAGCAUUCAGGCGGCAAUUGGAGAAAAUAAUUCUUGACAAGCAUGAGGACACCAUGAGUAAAAUGGGUGCAAUCUUGGCCUCUGGGAUUCUUGAUGGUGGGGGAAGAAAUGUGACGAUUAGACUGCUUUCCAAGACGAAACAUGAUAAAGUUACUGCAGUUGUUGGCCUUGCUGUUUUCAGCCAAUUUUGGUACUGGUAUCCCCUUAUAUACUUUUUAAGCUUGUCAUUCUCACCAACGGCUUUGAUAGGACUGAACUCAGACCUGAAAGUUCCGAAGUUUGAGUUCCUUUCACAUGCAAAGCCUUCACUGUUUGAAUAUCCUAAACCCACCACUGUGCCAACCACUACGUCGGCCAUAAAACUGCCCACUGCUGUGCUGUCAACAUCUGCAAAGGCCACGAAAGCUAGGGCCAAGAAAGAAGCAGAGAAGGCAAAUGCUGAAAAAUUAUCUGGGGCGGAGACUUCUGGAAAAGGAAAAUCAUCAAGUGAGAAAGAUGGGGAUGCAAUGCAGGUUGAUAGCUCGACAGAGAAGAAAUCAGAGCCUGAGCCUUGUUUUGAGAUUUUGACGAACCCAGCUAGGGUGGUUCCUGCUCAGGAGCAAUACAUUAAAUUUCUGGAAGAUAGCCGAUAUGUGCCAGUCAAGUUAGCACCAUCUGGAUUUGUUCUCUUGAGAGACCUGAAACCGGAUGAACCUGAGGUGCUUUCACUUACAGACACACCGUCUUCCACAGCAUCACGCGGUGGAGCAGCAGCAGGACAGCCGGCAGCCACUGCCGCCAUGGCAGUCGAUGAGGAACCACAGCCUCCUCAAGCCUUUGAAUACACUGCAUGAUUCUCGGUUCAGUAAGUCGGACUGGUAUUCUGAAUAUUCCGCGGGUAUUGUUAACUAGAUUGUUUUACUUUCCGGCGAAAAUGUUGAAUUUUCAUUUUCAUGUGAUUUCAUGAGUUAUGAAUUCGCUGGUCAUCAACGGUGAUACUGUGGUUGUCUGAACGAAAUUUCACAUUGCAUCGGAGUCAUGAAUGCUUAUCGCUUCUGUUUGUUGCUUUA